UUUUUUAUUUUUUUUAUUAUUUUUAUUAUUUUUACACUACUGGACGUCUCCCCCUGCGCACAUGGCUUCUUAUGCACCCAUCCGCCCUGGUGGUUCUCUCAUACUUGCUUGGCAAACAAAGAACAGAAAGGUAUUGAUUGUUGGCGGUGGUCAAGUAGCUGCUGGUCGCAUUGUAUCUGUCAAAGAAGCCGACGCCCAGGUGACUCUAAUCUGCCCCGAAGAUGGUUUGUGCGAUGAAGUAAAGCAUCGUAUACACGUCGAUAAAGUUGUGGAUUGGGUUGAUCGCUGUUUUCAAGACUCAGAUCUGGAUGAAAACUACGACAUGGUACUGACUGCCAUUGACGAUCACGAAGAAUCGUUACGGAUUGGCCAACUCUGUCGAGCGCGGCGUAUCCCGGUGAACGUUGCGGACGUUCCGAGCAUGUGUGAUUUUUAUUUCAUGAGUCAGCACAGAGAUGGUCCUCUUCAAAUUGCCGUCUCUACAAACGGUCAGGGUCCCAAACUAGCCAACAUGAUCCGACAAAAGAUUGCAGCCUCUUUGCCUCCAGGUAUUGGUGAAACUGUUCGACGUAUGGGAAUUUUACGAGGCAAGGUGCGUCAGUGGGACCCCGAGAUAUCCAACUCAGGCCCCCGUAUGCGCUGGGUAACCAAAUUGUGCGAAGAUUGGGGAUGGUCCGCAACACUUGUCCAAACCAUCGCCAUGACAACCAAUGCAAAGACUACAGGAACAAUUUACUUAGUGGGAGGUGGACCAGGCGAUCCUGAAUUGAUCACGGUCAAAGCUCAGCGAUUGUUACAAACAGCUGAUCUCGUCGUAAGCGAUCGUCUCAUUCCUCAACAAGUGCUCGAUCUUGUCAACAGAAAAUCCGAUUCGGCUCAAGACGAAUUACUAGAAUGGUGUCUUGAAGGGCUGAAGAAGGGUCAACAAGUUGUUCGAUUGAAAAUCGGUGAUCCAUUGUUAUUCGGUAGAGGCGGAGAGGAAGUUCUUUGGUUUCGCGAUCAUGGAUAUGAGCCAGUGCUUGUUCCAGGUAUAUCGAGCGCGUUCUCGGCUCCCAUGGUUGCCAAUAUACCGGUGACACAUCGAGGAACUGCAGAUCAAGUCAUCAUCACCACUGGUCGAGGCACGAAAGGAUCUAUGCCUGACCUUCCCGAGUACCACCCUAUGCGCACUCUAGUAGUCCUCAUGGCAGUCGGCCGUGCCACCGAUCUGCAACAGAUUCUACUUUCAAACAAAGGAUAUCCAGCCAAUACACCCAUAUCAUGGAUCGAAAAUGCGAACUGUCCGGAGGAACGCACUAUAUUUAGCACGGUAGAACAAAUGGCUAAUGUUGUCGAUGAACAAAAUAUUGUAGCACCGGCUGUGCUUGUUGUUGGUCAAAGCAUUAAUGUGCUGAACACUCUCUAGAUCUCAUAGCAAGCAUUCAAUUUGUAAAUUUUAGACAGAAUAUUUUUGUUAUUAAAUGUCGCUCUUGUGAGAGGCGCCUUUGGGCAAGAACAACCAUACGUGGUCGCGAGUACUUUUAAUAUAUUUGAUUUGACCGUCGUAAUAUUUAC